AUGGCCAUGAGUUCGUAUAUGGUGAACUCUAAGUAUGUGGACCCCAAAUUCCCCCCUUGCGAGGAAUAUCUGCAGAACAGCUACCUUGCUGAGCAAAGCUCAGACUAUUACAGUGCCUCGCAAGGCUCUGACUUCCAGCACCAGGGAAUCUAUCCACGGUCAAACUACAGCGAGCAGCCCUACGGUUGUAGCAAUGCCCAGGGCUCGGCAGUGCAGCCGCGGGGUCACGGGCAGGAGCAAUCCGGCCCAGCGAGCCACUUCCCCGGGCAGGCUGAGCACUGUCCCCCGCCUCCAAUGCCCGCCACGAGGACCUGCAACCAGCAGCCCAGCCUCAAAAGCCCCAACGGGUCAUCGCCACCAACAGCAGCAGGAGCGAUGAAGCAGCCAGCGGUGGUUUACCCUUGGAUGAAGAAAGUCCACGUUAACUCAGGUAAGCAUCCCCUUCUGCUACCCACCUCGCCCACCCCACCCCACUCCGCCUCCCCCUUCUUGAUUCAUUACCCCACCUCACCCCACCCCUCCAAAGUCCUUUCCAGGCUUCGCGACGCGGGUUGAAAUCGAGGUAGCCAAUUACACUCGCCAUAAAUUUUUAUGGCCGAGGAAAUAGGCCUCUUGGUCAUGUGGUUGUGGGCAUGAGAAUAUUCCAUUUCAGAAAGAUGCUAGAGAUAUUUAAAGGUCCGCUGUUUCUAUGAGAGAAGGAGGGUGUGUGUGUGUGUGUGUGUGUGAGAGAGAGAGAGAGAGAGAGGAAGAAAGCAUGCCCAUCUGUUAUUAGCAAAUGUAAUGGUGUAUAUAACGGCCACAUGGUUACCAGAGACUCCUUUCUCUCUCUCUCUCUCUCUUCCUUAACGCCUAAUGAGAAAGUCAAGAUUAGGCUGUGGGUUUGCUGUUGUUGUUUUGGAGGGUUGGUUGUUAAGUCCUGCCUGUGAUUUGUCUCUCCCCGCUCAGUGAAUCCUAAUUACACCGGAGGAGAACCGAAGCGCUCCAGGACAGCCUACACGAGGCAGCAAGUCCUCGAGCUGGAGAAGGAAUUCCACUUCAACCGGUACCUGACUCGGCGCCGGCGGAUCGAAAUCGCCCACACGUUGUGUCUCUCCGAACGCCAGAUCAAGAUCUGGUUCCAGAACAGGAGGAUGAAGUGGAAAAAAGACCACAAACUGCCCAACACCAAGGGCCGGUCCUCUAGCUCUUCCUCGGCCCCCAGCCAACACUCACAGACUGUCUCCAAGGAGCACCAGACAGACUUGACAACUUUGUAG